CCCACCCCUGCUGGGGGAGCGAGGAUACGCGGUUCGGCAGCCGCCCACGCCUCCUCCUGCGCGCCGCGGCGCUCAAGCAGGCGGCUCUACUUAAGCCGCGCGCUGGCUGCGACCCGACACUCGCUUAGAGCGCGCGGGCGGAGCGAGCUCGGCGCACAAGGGUGCACCAGGGCGCACAGCGGGGUGCUUGCACCGCUCGGUACCGUGCGGUUCUUGGUGGCGGUAGCCAGAGCUCAGCGACCGUUCGGGAGCAGUGACUCCGGCAAAGGCGGCUGCGGCUUCUGCGGGCGGCCCCGCUCCCUUCCACUUCUCCAGCCCCCUUUGCCAUGGCUCUGGCAGACAGCACACGUGGAUUACCUAAUGGGGGCGGCGGCGGGGGUGGCAGCGGCUCCUCGUCCUCGUCCGCAGACCCGCCGCUUUUCCCAGACAUCGUGGAGCUGAACGUGGGGGGCCAGGUGUAUGUGACCCGGCGCUGCACGGUGGUGUCGGUUCCCGACUCGCUGCUCUGGCGCAUGUUCACGCAGCAGCAGCCGCAGGAGCUGGCCCGGGACAGCAAAGGCCGCUUCUUUCUGGAUCGGGACGGCUUCCUCUUCCGCUACAUCCUGGAUUACCUGCGGGACUUGCAGCUUGUGCUGCCAGACUACUUCCCCGAGCGCAGCCGGCUCCAGCGCGAGGCCGAGUACUUCGAGCUGCCGGAGCUCGUGCGUCGCCUCGGGGCGCCCCAGCAGCCCGGCCCCGGGCCGCCACCGCCGCACUCGCGGAGCGGGGUACACAAGGAGGGCUCUCUGGGUGACGAGCUGCUGCCGUUGGGCUAUAGUGAGCCGGAGCAGCAAGAGGGCGCCUCGGCCGGAGCGCCGUCGCCCACGCUGGAGCUGGCUAGCCGAAGCCCGUCUGGGGGCGCGGCGGGCCCGCUGCUCACGCCGUCCCAGUCGCUGGACGGCAGCCGGCGCUCGGGCUACAUCACCAUCGGCUACCGCGGCUCCUACACUAUCGGGCGGGAUGCGCAGGCGGACGCCAAGUUCCGGCGAGUGGCGCGCAUCACCGUGUGCGGCAAGACAUCGUUGGCCAAAGAGGUGUUCGGGGACACCCUGAAUGAGAGCCGGGACCCCGACCGGCCCCCAGAGCGCUACACGUCGCGCUAUUACCUCAAGUUCAACUUCCUGGAGCAGGCCUUCGACAAGCUGUCCGAGUCGGGCUUCCACAUGGUGGCGUGCAGCUCCACUGGCACCUGCGCCUUCGCCAGCAGCACCGAUCAGAGUGAGGACAAGAUCUGGACCAGCUACACCGAGUACGUCUUCUGCAGGGAGUGAGCGCCCCGGAACCCCCUCGCGACUCCGGCGUCCUCUCCUCCCCCUUCCCUGCCCGGGAGAUGAUCUUAGCUUCUAGUCUUCCCCUCACCCCUCUCGUUCCUCUACUUCUGCCCUCUCCCCACCCCACACCCCCACGCCUCGCUCCGGUAGCUGGGGCCAGACCCCUCCCUCCCAAAUUCCAGAACUUGCAGCCGCAAACCCUCUCGGCUUUUUCGUUUUUUUCGGACCCCUCUAACCGAGAGAGCCCAGACGUACCCUCAUCCCACCCUUCCUCCAUCCUUUGCCUCAAACCACCCCUUCCCCAGAUUGUCCUUCAAUCUGGAUGGAGUGGGGCAGUGUGGCCACGAAGUGAUUGAAUUGUUCAGAACCUGAUUGAACCGUGUCUAGUGUGUAGAAGAUCCCUUGAAACCUGGAGUCCUUAUGAUUCAUUCGGGUUUUAAGAGAUGAGAAUUGAUAACGCUGGGGAUAGUUAUAGUGUUUUCAAAAGUCAUCACAGUCUUUAGACUGUCUUUAAAGGUGGAUAUUUAGAAGGUUGAAUGAAAGACUCUGGUUCUAGAAUUAGGACCCUAUGAAGGCAAUUCAGUGACUGUAAAUGAAUAAGUCUUGAAAAGUUACCAGUAGAAGUAGAAGAAUCUAGUGCUGGCACAGUGAAAGAUCGCAUCUUUUCCAAACGGCAUAAAAAGAUCCUCGCCUGCGUGGCUUCAACUUGCAGAACGUGACCCACCUGCCUGCGCCACCCUUUCUUCUUGGCUCGUUGCCGGAAGCUAGUUGGUUCGACUUUAGUUGACAUGGCAGCCAUUACUGACAAGAGGGAGAAAAACACCGCCGCCGCCGAAGAGGGCAACUGUGCCCAGGUCACCAAGCCCUGCGGGAAAGUUCCCUGGCGGUGGCUUUAAAACAGCUGGGUAGUAAGCGACGUGGGUAUUAGGAAAGCCUGUAUUCUUGCAGUGAAUGAUAGUAGGACUUACAGCUUGUAAGACUUGG